AUGUCAAAAGUCUUCAAGAAAACCAGUGGGAAUGGGCAGAUGACCCUCUACAUGGGGAGGAGAGACUUUGUGGACCAUGUGGACCAUGUGGAGCCUGUUGACUGUGUGCUAAAGAUUGACCCAUCAUCUCUUGGUGGCAAGAAAGCGUGGGUCUACCUGUGCUGUGCUUUCCGUUAUGGUCGGGAAGACAUGGAUGUGAUUGGGCUCUCAUUCAGGAAAGACAUCUGGACACAGCGAAAACAGAUAUACCCUCCCCUUGGAGACCAACCAACCCCCACCCCUACACAGGAGACACUGAUGAAGAAAGCUGGUGAACAUUCAUAUCCCGUGACUUUCAAAAUGCCAAACAACCUGCCCUGCUCUGUGACUCUGCAGCCUGGCACGGGAGAUAAAGGCAAGGCCUGUGGUGUGGACUUUGAAGUGAAGGCAUACAUCGCCAAUGAAGCAGAUAACGCUGAUGAGAAAAUCAGUAAGAAGGACGCGUGUCGUCUGAUCAUUCGCAAGAUUCAGUUUGCCCCUGAUAACACAGGCUCCGGGCCCAAGGCCGAUAUAUGCAAGCAGUUCAUGAUGUCAGACAAGCCAGUCCACCUGGAGGCAUCCAUUGAGAAGGAGUUAUAUUACCAUGGUGACCCAAUCCCAGUCAAAGUAAAAAUCCAAAAUGAAUCCAACAAAGUGGUGAAGCAAAUCAAAGUGUGCGUUGACCAGACCGCAGAUGUGGUGCUCUACUCUGCUGAUAAAUACAACAAGACGGUCCUGACCGAGGAGUUUUCAGAGACCGUGGAGCCUAAUGGAACAUUGGAGAAAGUCCUUAACAUCAUCCCCUCAUUGGCUAACAACAAAGAGAAGAGCGGUCUGGCCCUGGAUGGUAAACUCAAAUAUGAGGACACUUGCCUUGCAUCCACUACCAUCUUGCGACCAGACUUGGAGAAGGAAGUGUUAGGCAUCUUAGUCUCCUACAAAAUCAGGGUCAGCCUUAUGGCAUCCCGAGGAGGGCUCUUGGGAGACCUGACAGCCAGUGAUAUCUCAGUGGAACUCCCCCUGGUUUUGAUGCAUCCUAAGCCUGCUGGUAAAUAUCCAAAUAUCCAAAUCAUUGGUCACAAUGACAUUUGA